AGCCGUACAUGUUCGAGCCCGAAUCUGAGCCGGACGGAGAGUCCGAACAUCCGCAGCUGGACGACUUUGUUUGGUGCCCGUGUGGAAAAUGCCCCAAAGUCCCGACUGAAGUGGAAAACCUUGGCAGAUGGGAAACACCAGAGUGUCCCGUGAGCCGAGUUCUGGUUCGGUUCUGGUCGCGGCGAAAGUAGUCCGGCAGGUUUCCAGGGUCACUUAAAUAAAACGUAUUUCUUCUAAAAACAGCAUGUGUUCAAAAGAGUGAUUUAUUUGCAUCACAAAACCCAUUUCCACGAAAAAGUCACACCACGUAAUCACUUGGCACUACUUCCUGUCCCGUCGUAUCAAUGCGCGCUGUCCUCCAGCUGACUGCUGCGUACAUGUGUUGAUAUGCUAACGAGCAGGCUAAGUUUGAGAGCGGUAGACCGACACGUUUAUCAGCUUAGUUACAAGUUAGAAACCAAAAAUUUUUACAUAUUAUAUGAUAAAUGGGGCGGACUUGUGACUACCCAGGCUGCAGCAAUAAAGAUGUGCCUGGAUCUUGUCACGGAUUUCAUCGCUUUCCAGUGACGGACGUAGCUCUGAGGGAACUUUGGCUAGUUGCUCUGGGCUUCAAAUUGGACACCAAACUGGCAAAAAUGAAAAAGCUUCGUGUUUGCAGUGCGCAUUUCAGCGAGGAGGAUUAUGUUUCGUGCCCAGGACAUCGUAAGAAACGGGAUUUGAAGAGGUCUGCUGUCCCUGCACCCCAGGUGCAAGACAACUGGGCAGAAAUCAACACACCACAAGACCAGUUUACAGGCACUCAGUUAAAUCUGUCAGAGAUGUGCGCUUCAACCACGGAGAAACAAACUCCACAGCACAUUGUAGAUGAGGAGGCCAUCCUGCAGCUGAUGAAGAACUGCCCCAAGUGCAACAGAACGUGCCGCUGCACCAAACAUACUCGCGGCUCUUACCUCAUAGCCUACCAGAAAUGUUACUUCUGUGAUUAUCAGCGAAAGUGGGCCAGUCAGCCUGAAGCUAAGAAUAUUAACAUUCAUAAGGCAUCAACACCGCACAAGAGGAAACCUCCAAAGGACAAAGUGUCUGUAAAUGCCAAGGCUCAGACUUCACAGCUUAAUAAAAACAUUUCUGCAUCCUCAAGUCCCACGACCCAGUAGAGACAAAAGACUCGACUGUUUUCUUCUUGGAUUUGACUGACUUAAUGAAUCUGAACCUGGACUUAAACCCAGUUUCAGAUGUGCCUUACGAUGGAUCAUCAUUUUGCCGAGAUGCUUGAUGAUAACAAACAAUCCUUUAAAUUAAUAAUAAUAAUGUUUAAUGAUAAUUUUGUAAUAAAUAACAGUUGCAGAAACGUUCA